UCCCUCUUUCCCAAUAACAUCGGUCACACUGUCACCGGCUCCCGUGCCUUGACAAAAAACACUGUAAAAAUGAAGAUCUGGUCGUCAGAGCACAUUUUCAACCACCCAUGGGAGACGGUGACAAAGGCAGCAAUGCAGAAAUACCCCAACCCCAUGAACCCCUGUGUGUUUGGUGUGGACGUUCUAGACAGAAGUGUGGACACACAGGGACGAUUACACAGCACCAGACUGCUCAGCACAGAGUGGGGACUACCUGCCAUUGCCAAGUCUAUCAUUGGGGCAACAAGGACAUGCAUUUAUGUUCAGGAGCAUUCAGUAGUGGACCCUAAAGAGAAGACCUUUGAGUUAAAAUCUACAAAUAUCACAUUCACUAACCUGAUAUCUGUGGACGAGAAGUUGACCUAUAAGCCACAUCCACAGAAUCCGGAAAAAACAGUGCUGACACAUGAAUCUCUGAUCAGUGUGAAAGGUGUCAGUCUGAGCAGCUACCUUGAGGGUCUCAUGGCCAAGACCAUCUCUGUUAACGCUGGCAAGGGUCGGGAGGCCAUGGAGUGGGUCAUCAUGCGAUUAAACACAGAAAUCGAGGAGCUGGCAGCGACUGCUCGUGGUACGAUGCGUGCUCCCAUGGCAGCAGCUGUUGCAGGCAAAUGAUAACGGCCUACCCCGCUGCUGCUUCCUACAACUGCCAUGAACCGAUGGACCUCUCGAACAUUUUCUCCUUUAAGGGGACUUCUCAUCUGCCAGCACAGCCUAGUAACCACAGCCCCAUCCUGUAGUAUGUUUGUAUGUCACAAGUUGCUUUUCCUCCCUCCUCAGCAGUCUGCUCUGAUGAGUUUGAUUGUCUGUGUGGACUAUGAUAGGGAGUGUUGAGCCGAUCAUAUCUAAAAUGAAAAACAAGAAGGCAACACAAACUAAGGCAGGGUUGAAUUGGACUCCACUUGAAGCUCAUAUAACUUGUAGACUUGUGUGUUAAAGCUCUUAUUCUUUUCUAAAGUUCACACUGUGCCUCUACAUCAUUCAUUAACUUCCUCUUUUCUAACCCUUCUCUUCCAACUUCACUUGUUCGUAUUUCCCGUUUUUAUUGUUUCUAAAUCUUUGUAAACACAAGUAGCACUGGCAAUAGCUGAAAUUAAGUCACUUGCCGAGAUAUCCCCAAAGACAAAAACUCCUCAAUGCAAGCAGACUGUAAGUAGGGUUGGGUACCAAACUUUUGAUGGUACAGACACAAAAUGGAUUAUCAUUUCAAAAUAGGCUGUUAGUCCUGCAACCCAAAACGGUGUAAGAGGUGGAGUGAAACUGAGGCUUUCUUGUUAAUUCAAAGAGUAAAGUAUCAAAAACCUGUACAGUUGGAUACCAGUACUCAUUAAAUUUGCCAGAGACUUAAUCAGGUGUAGUGUAACAUUGAACUAGCAUUUUUUUUUUUAUCUCCUUUUUUAGAAAUGCCAAGACUUGAGUAUUUGUUUUACAGUCUGAAAAUCCAAGGCUGUGUUCCUAGAUGUGUUUGUUAUCAAUCAGAGCUAAGAGCAGGUGAAGUGGCCAAACAGCACUUACGUGGUACUGGAACACAAAUUGCAUGUUGUCCUGUUGAGGUUUGGUCCAACCAACAUUGUCCCGUGUUAUCAGCUGGAAGUCUGCCUGUUUUUCACCUUGUGUGUGUUUAUAAGGUCCACAGCUCAGCAGCAGGGGUUGGAGAAGUUACAGUUUUGUACAGUGAUCAAUGUCACCUUUGGUUUGUUAUUUAUUGAAGGCUUCAGAGCAGACAAACAAAGCAAGAAGAGUUUAGGUUAAAUUAACCCAUGUUUCCCAUGUAGUCUCUUAUUUCCAUUCAGUUUUUUCUCUUCCACUGAAAAUGUGCUGCAUCGUCAAUUCCAAAAAUUUUAAGAACACAGACUUGAAUGUUCAAAACUCUUUUUAGACAGUGCAGAGCUGCAGCUACAUGUUAUUCAUCCCCAGUGUUUUCAGCGUUGUGGACACUACUGGGUUCUUUUCAGGAUCAUUGGGUAUGCAACAUGAAAAAGCCCCUAUCAAUUGAGCUCUUCGAAACUGUUUGUUUAUAGUAUUAUUUAUGAUCAAACUGCCUAUACACUUUUAUAUAUUGUAUAUUUGUAUUGGUGAUCAUUGACAAAGGCUGGCAAAUUCAUUUAAUUUAGAAUCUGUAAGUGGUGGUGCAGUUUUUACCAUUUUUACAGAGUUAUUGACUUUUGUUCAAUUUGAUAAAUACCUCCGAGAUGUAGAGGCAGUAUUGCGUAACUUAGUGACAUCACAAAUUUUCCCAGGUGCCGCCACACAGUCUCGCUCCACUGUCUUUGAUCUCAGUUAAGUCUAUUUUUGUAUCUCAAUCCCAUCAUUGCGUUGUCCAGCUCAGUAUCCUUCUGUUCAAAGUCUGCUUUGUUCCUUAACAGUUGACCUUCCUAUCUUCAGUAUCAACACAUCAAGUCCUUUUCCUGACUGAACAAAAUGUGAUUUUUCUAUGGGGAACAUUUAAAGUACAGGUGGCUGUAAAUAGGCUUAUAUUUAUAUUUUGCUGUUGUGUUACAUUCCAAGAAUGUGAACAUGUAACAGAAUCUGAAAAGUGUGCACAGAAAUGUUUCAAAAUAAAGAGAAGUCAGUGUUUCAUGAA